UUUUUGCGCUAUUCCUUUUCGAAUGUAAGAUCUUUGGGACCCACAAUCAAUAAAUACCAUUCCAGUUGUCCUUUUUUCGGGACUAGACGGAUUGAAUAUAACGGCUUCCCGGCAUAGCAAAAUUCUUUUUUGCCGCGGUUUCUGUAAAAGAGCCAAGUUUUGCAAAACGUUGCCUUCAAUUUUUAUCUUAUUUUCCUUAUAAGUUUUUUCGCAAAGAGCCGUGUUGUGUCUUUCUUGACAAUGGAAGCAUCUGAUGGGUCUUCUACAAUUCCCCAUGUGCUCUGGCUUAAUGCAAAAAACACAUCUUUUUAGUUCUAUCAAUUUUUGCCGUCGAUCCUUCGCGGUGCUAGUUUGUCUGCAUUCAUCCCCCCAAUGUCCCUUUUUUCCACAAAAUAUACAAGGGUAUAUUGGGGCUCUCCUCCCACCUUCAGGCUUAUUUUGGUUUUGGUUGUUGUUGUUUUUAUUAUAUUUUGCGCGUGUGUUAAAAUUUUUAUUUUUUGCUUCAGUAUUUGCGAAUGUUCUUGUUACUUCCUUUUCAUUAUUUCUUCUUACAUUUUGGAAGUUUCUUUGGCUUUUUAUGGUAUUUUGCUCAACUUUUUCGUUUGAUUUUGCGUGAAUGGAGAGGACAAGUUCCUCUUUCUCUAUUACUUCACGCAAAGCUUUUCUGAAAGCUGUUGUGUCC